CCCGAAGCAGCUAGUAGCGUGCACAAACAACAAGAACAACAUCCCCUGCCCGAUCCCCUUUCGAGUCGCCCCUGGCACGCGCGCUGAGCACCACAUCACCACCCAUCGUCAUUCCAUUCCCCACGCACCCGAGAGGCCGAGAGAGAAACCCUAGCCCAGUCGAGAGCCUUCCGAAUCGGAGCUGCUGCUGCUGCGGAUGGUGUCGAUGAGCGCGACGCCCAAGCCGCUCGAGGCCGCGGCCGCCGUGGUGGCCGGCGGAGGCGGAGGGGGGGACGGAGCGAAAGCGAGCGGGAAGCAGCCGCCGCCGCCGCAGCAGCAGGAGCUGGUGCUCGCGGCGCCGAUGGCCGUGCCGGCGGAGGAGGAGGCGAGGAAGGUGAGGAAGCCCUACACCAUCACCAAGUCCAGGGAGAGCUGGACCGAGCCGGAGCACGACAAGUUCCUCGAGGCCCUGCAGCUGUUUGAUCGUGAUUGGAAAAAGAUAGAAGCUUUUGUUGGCUCAAAAACCGUGAUACAGAUAAGGAGCCAUGCACAGAAGUACUUUUUGAAGGUUCAAAAGAAUGGUACAGGUGAACAUUUGCCCCCACCCCGGCCGAAGCGUAAGGCAGCCCAUCCAUAUCCACAGAAGGCCUCCAAGAGUGCCCUUGCAGCACCCCAAGCCGUUUCAUCACAACAACCCCCUCUUCUGACAGCGACGAGGGAUCAAGAAGGGGUUAUGCCUAUGGAUACAUCUAUCGUUGUACCAAACACAAGUGCAAAUGCUGCGGUGCCUUCCUGGGACAAUGCCCUCGUUCCUUUUAGUGCAGAUCAUACACAAGGUCCAGGUGCUGGUGUCGCAACCAAUAACUGCUCUAGUAGCAUAGAGAGCCAAUCUGGAACUUGGCCAACUUCUGAGGCAGUUGAACAAGAAAAUGUGCUUCCACCACUCCGUGCUAUGCCAGAUUUUUCCCAAGUAUACAACUUUCUCGGAAGCGUAUUCGAUCCAGAUACUAGUGGGCAUUUGCAGAGGUUAAAGGCGAUGGAUCCGAUUGAUAUGGAAACGGCAGUACUGCUGAUGAGAAAUUUAGCGUUGAACUUGACUAGCCCAGACUUUGAGGCCCAUCGGAAGUUGCUCUCAUCAUAUGGUUCUGAUGGAGACCAAAUAAAGUCCGAAGGCCUGGAGAACAUCGGAUCCCAGAGUUGCCAUCUCCCAUCCAUGGUAACAAGUGAGUGAACGAGCAAUUGACUGUUCGCCAUAGAAGCUUCAGUUGUUUCUGCUGAGAUGGUUGUGCUCUCCUUGUACUGGACAUGCGGGUGGCUUGUCUGGGAGUCUACAAAUGUUCGCAAUAUGUUGUGGCAGUGACGUUUGUAUAGCUUUCAGUGAUGCUCUAACCCUAGGCUAGUCUCGCUCAUCAAGUUGUAGAUAGCCAGUUUUGUGUGCUCAUGCAAAAUUCUUUUCCUUAGGGUGAGGCAUAGCUCAAGUCAAGAUGGUUUUGUAUGUAUACACCUAUAUAUACUCGUGGAUGUAAAUAUGUGUUAUUGUGUAGUGCUUGAGAUACUGCUGAGUCUUCGAUGAAGGGCACGAGGCGUAAUACACUGAAUAAUCUUACCUGUUGUAUCCUCCAGUAAUGUACUUAUAUGCACCCUACUGCUAUACAAUGGGAGUUCUUUACCUGCUUAAGUAUACCUUGAAUCUGUAAAAA